AUGUUUUCAUAUAAUCUCAACAGUAUUAGUAUCAAUACAAAAAAAUUAAUUACAAGAUGUUUAUCAUCAAUUCAAAACAACAAUACAGCUACUACUUCUUUUAAUAAAUUUUUUAAAACACAUCAAUUCAUUGUUGGUAAAGAUGAAGCUGAUAUGAGACUCGAUCAUUUUCUUCAUUACCAAACUGGCUUACCAACCUCUGUUAAAUUAAAUGUCAAUAAUUCAAAUAAUGAUGAUGAUAGUAAUGUUAUUUUGGCUGAUGAUUUUUCUAUAAAUAAUGAUAAUGAAUUGAUAAUUGAAAAUCAAUCAAUUGUAAAAACUACAACAAAGAAAAAAGAUAAGUCAAUUCCAAAACAUGCUCUUAAAUCUUUUAGUGAUUUUGACAUUAAAAGGAUCAGAUCAAUGAUUUUAUAUCAAGAUGAUGAAAUUAUGGUUGUAAAUAAACCUUCUGGCAUUGCAACUCAAGGUGGACCCAAAAUAAGAAAUCAUAUAGAUGGGCUAUUAAAUGUAUUGCAAUUUGAACACCCUGAGCCUCCUCGUUUGGUUCAUAGGUUAGACAAGAAUACAACUGGUGCAUUGAUUCUUGGUAGAACAAGAUCUGCUGCUGGAAAAUUAUCAUUCAUGUUUCGUGAAAGUACCAUAGAGAAGAUUUAUACAGCGAUUGUUACAAAAUUUCUACCACGUGAUUUAUUUAAAAAAAAAAUAGAAGCUCCAAUUGUUUAUGGUGGUAAACCUCCUUUUGAAAAAGUUCUUUGUAUUACAGAUGAGUCCUCACCAUUAUUGGAAAAAUCAAGACCCUCAUUCACAGAAUAUCAAGUUUUGGCUGGUAUAGGAAAUCAUUCUUUACUUAGAUUGUUUCCACAAACUGGUAGAAAACAUCAACUAAGAGUCCAUUGUGCUUCUAUAUUAACUGCACCAAUUUUGGGUGAUUCAAAAUAUGGUUAUAUUUCUAAAAGUCACCAUGAUAAAAAAGAUGAUGAUGAAAAAUCUGGACCAAUGUAUUUACAUUUAAGCAAAGUAAUAAUUAGGAAUUGGAGAACAUCAGAGGGUAAAAUACUUUCUAAACCAAUAGAAGUGUUUUGUCCAUUACCCAAUUAUUUCAACAAAAAAUGUGAAGAUUUAUUUUCUUUUUCUGCAAUUUCAACAGACAGCUUGUUAAAAAUUAAAAAAAAAAUUAUUAAAAUAUUGGAAGAAACUGAAAAUCAAGUUCCAUCAAAAAUUAGAUUAUAUAAAUAUCAAAAUAAUUCUGGUCCUACUUUAGCAUUGGAUAUAGAUUAUGAAACUAUUGAAGGUUUAAAUAUUAAAGAUAAUGAAGUUUUAAUAUUAUGUUUUUGGGAUAAAAUCAUUAAUGAUUGGGAAAGUAUCAAUAUAGAACAACCAGAACCUUUAACAUAUGAAUCAGAUGUAGAACCUGAAGAAGAUUUUGAAGAUGGAAUUAAUAAAAUAAUGGAUGUGGCUUGCUGGUGA